AUGCGUCACCAACUGGGAACAGAGUCCAGUGAGACGCGAGCCGGGGUAGUAUACAGGAUUGUUCUCUCGGGCCGCAAAGGAAAAGGAUUAGCUCUGUCAUCUUUGAUGAGAAAGGUGGUCAGCACCGCGAGAGCCCCAGGGGCCACUGGUCCCUACAGUCAAACUGUGUUAGUCAACAGGGCCAUUUACAUUUCAGGGCAGCGAGGCGUGGACACUUCCAGGGGACAGCUGGUGCCGGGGGAUGGCAGGAGAGCUAAACAAGCUCCCACAAACAUGGGUGAAAUCCUGGAAGCUGUAGGCUGGGACUUCACUAAUGUGGUGAAAACAGCUGUUUUGCUGGCUGACAUAAAUGACUUUGGUAUUGUCAAUGAAACCUACAAACAGUAUCGCAAGAGUAAUUUUCCUGCAAGAGCCGCUUGCCAGGUUGCUGCGUGGCCAAAAGGAGGCCGUGUUGAGAUAGAAGCAGUAGCUGCCCAAGGCCUUCUCACAACGGCGUCACUCUAA